AUGGCUGUCGAAACGCUUUCUGUUGCUCCUGUAGCUGAGCCUAUUCUUACCAAGUCCAGCAACCUCACGAUUAAGGAAGUUAAAGACGAUUUGGGAUUCGAUCCGGACGCUCUUAAGGCCAGAUAUCUUGCUGAGCGGGAAAAACGUAUCCGCGCCAAUCCUAAUGGAGUAGAGCAGUAUCGGGCAAUUGAAGGCUCUCUGUCUCACUACCUCGAUGAUCCAUGGGCGGGUCAAAAUGACGUGCGCGAACCGUUAGACAUCACUACCGAAGUGGUGAUUAUUGGCGCUGGAUAUGGAGGGGAAUUAAUGGCGCACAAUCUUAAGGAAAACGGAAUUGAAGAUUUCAAGAUCAUUGAGAAAGGCGCAGACUUCGGGGGAGUAUGGUAUUGGAACCGAUAUCCAGGAGUACAAUGUGAUAUCGAGUCCUACGUAUACAUGCCCAUGUUGGAUCACGUUGGAUAUGUCCCAAAAGAAAAAUAUGCGCGAGGGCCCGAGUUGUUAGGGCACGCACAGAAACUUGCAAGAGAACUCGGACUUUACGAAAAGGCUAUCUUCAAAACUGAGAUUCUAAGCAUACACUGGCAAGAAGACAGUGCUACUUAUUCGAUCAAAACGAAUCACAACGACAAGAUCCAAGCACGUUUCGUCGUAGGCGUUGCCGGGUCGCUACAUCGACCGAAACUUCCUGGCUUUCCCGGAAUCGAGACGUUUAAAGGCCACAGUUUUCAUUCCAGCCGCUGGGAUUAUCAGUACACUGGCGGCGACGCCACCGGGGGAAGCCUAGUCAAUCUUACCGAUAAGCGAGUUGCGAUUGUUGGUACAGGGGCUACCGCCGUCCAGAUUGUGCCAAAUAUUGGUCCUUGGUGCAAGAAACUCUACGUAUUUCAGCGGACGCCCUCUUCCAUUGACGUACGAAACAACAGACCUACCGAUCCAGAAUGGGCGAAAUCCCUCACAGGCAAAUGGCAGAAAGAGCGAAUGGACAAUUUCAACACGAUCGUUUGCGGCGGGCACCAAGAUAUCGACUUGGUCAAUGACGGAUGGACAGACAUAAUUCGCAACCUGUAUCCAUCCCGAGAAGCAGCGGGGGCGAUGGGUAAAGAGGAGAUGGCAAAACGAAGACAGAUCCUUGACUUCCAGAAGAUGGAACAGAUCCGCAAACGUGUCAACACGAUAGUCGAGGACCAUGCGACGGCCGAGAGCUUGAAGCCCUACUAUAAUCAGUUUUGUAAGCGACCUUGCUUCCAUGACGAAUAUCUUGCGGCCUUCAAUCUUCCCAACGUGCAACUUGUCGAUACCAAAGGCCAGGGCAUAGAGCGCCUGACUGAGAGAGGUGUGGUCGCCAACGGGGAGGAGUUCGAGAUCGACUGCUUGAUCUAUGCCACAGGAUUUGAGCGUGCCACCAGCUGGAGCCACCGUGCUGGAAUGGAGGUCUAUGGUCGUGACGGGAAAAUGUUGGGAGAGAAAUUCUCGGAUGGGCCCAGUACCUUCCAAGGCUGGGUCAGCAAAGACUUCCCGAACUUCUUCAUGAUUACGACGCUUCAGGCUUUCGUGACUGCGAACUUCCUACAUACCACCGCCAUCCAAGCAGAGCAUCUCGCGUACGUCGUUGCGGAAUGCCAGAAGAGAAACAUCCGGUCGAUCGAGCCGACUCAAGAGGCCGAGGACAAGUGGGUCGAGACGAUCAUCGAGUCGGGCGUGAACUCGAGGGCCUUCCACAUGGAAUGUACGCCUGGAUAUUAUAACAACGAGGGCCAAAUUACCCGGAAGCUGGCGAAGAAUCAAUGGUACGGAGGCAGUGCAUUGUGGGUCAUUAACAUGCUGAGGGAAUGGCGAGAGGCCGGCAAGCUCGAAGGUCUCGCAACAACGUUUUAUCCGGAAUCUGACAGAUCCUAG